CAACUGUACCUACCUCAGCAGCCAUCCCCGCGCGCGACAUAAAGCUGUUAUUAUGUCCGGCACUGCGACACGUCACUGGUAAUACUCUCUCUCUUUUUCAUAUCAUCUUUUUCAUUCUCUUUGACUUUCCCAACCAUGGCUCACCCCACAUACAGGGAACAAGACAAGGAGGCAACCGUCUACAUCGGCAACCUCGAUGAGCGCGUCACCGAUCAACUCGUAUGGGAGCUGAUGCUCCAAGCCGGACGGAUACAAAAUGUCCACCUGCCGAAGGACCGCGUCACGCAAACGCACCAGGGUUUCGGUUUCGUCGAGUUCAUGACGGAGGAAGAUGCCGAAUAUGCGGCGAAAGUCAUGAACCAGAUCCGGCUCUACGGCAAGCCGAUCCGCGUGAACAAGGCAUCUGCGGACAAGCAAAAGACGGUGGAGAUUGGCGCCGAGCUCUUCAUUGGGAACCUGGAUGCCAUGGUCGACGAGAAGGCGCUGUACGAUACGUUUAGCCGGUUUGGGCCGUUGGUCAAUGUUCCCAAGGUGGCGCGCGACGAAGUGGGUAUCUCCAAAGGCUAUGGGUUCGUCUCGUUUGGCGACUUCGAGUCGUCCGAUGCGGCGAUUGCUCAUAUGAAUGGGCAGUUCAUGAUGAACAAGGAGAUCACGGUGCAGUAUGCGUACAAGAAGGACGGCAAGGGAGAAAGACACGGAGAUGAAGCGGAACGGUUACUCGCGAAACAAGCAAAGGCGCACGGCAUCGCUCCCGCGGUCCAGCCGCUCCCUUCGGCGCUGUUCCAAGCACCCACUCCUGCGAUACCCGCGGGGCCUCCAGCGAUGAAUGCAGAUGGUCGUGGCGUUCCUGGUGCUCCGGCCGCGCCAGCGGGAUUCGGAGCACCUCCCGCGGGCCCUCCACCAGGGCGACCAGCUGGACUCCCUCCGCCACCAUCAGGACUUCCUGCAAGGCCCCCGAGUGGAGCUCCCCCAACCAACUUCUACGCUGCACCUCCCCCGGGCUUCAAUACACCACCUCCGCCGCAAGGUUUCGUCCCACCCGCUGGACCACCGCCUGGGUUUGGUCCGCCUCCGGCUGCUCCUCCUCCGGGUUUCGCUCCGCCACCGGGUUUCGCUCCUCCGGCACACCCGCCCGCUGGUUUCCCGCCUCAAGCCUACAGGCGUUGAAGAAUGAAAUAUCAUUUCACAUAAUUUCAAGAUACCCCAAAAGCCUUUCCAAAGGGAAAGACUUCUAGCAAUGUGAGAAGGACUUGCAAAUGGCGCACACUUACGCAACGACGCCAAUUCCAGGUUCGGCAUCGAAUCCUGCCGGAUUCAUGAGCCAUUGUCCAUGAUCACCUCGACUAUCCGCUGAAUGAGGAGAGGUAUGGCAGUCACGGGAUUCUAAACCUUCGCAGAGUGGUUCGCGAAUGAUGGAAGUGGUUGGCCGAAGGUCUCUCCAUUAUAUAGACGUUUAGCCAUCAUGAAUGCAUCCCAGUCUGGGCACAUUUGUCCCA